GGAAUUAUUUAUUAUUCACUUUCCACUUGUAAUUGCAAUUAAUACGGGAAUCAUAGGGUAGGACGCGUGUACCUUUCAGAAACUGAAACUUUUGGUGUUGAAAAAGGCUCUAAAAGGUUCUUUCUUGAAAUGGGUUUUCUCUUGGGAAGAUAUACCAACACCAAAUGCUCACCAACAAGUAUACCACAACCAAAUUCCCUCCAUGUAGUAGGAUUCUUCACUGUUCAAUAUAUAAUAUGAUCAAUCAUUCAAAUGGGUUUGCCUUAGAAUCGAGUUCUUUGUUGUAUUUUCAUGUGAUUCCUUACCUUUCCUUCCACUAAAGUUACUAGGAACCUUUUUAAAGUAGUGCUGAAUUCAAAGUCUCUCUUCACAUGUCUCUUUGAGUUAGUACAGAGAGAAAAUCAUCACGAGACAUGGGUUCACGUUACUGUUGGAUUUUCAUGCUCUUUUGCAUGAUCAGUGAAUGUUUUACAGUAGGCGUUCUUGGCUUUGCUGCAAACUGGGGAACUCGUUCAACUCAUCCACUGCCACCAAACAUAGUUGUGAAGCUCCUCAAAGACAAUGGAUUUAACAAGGUGAAGCUAUUUGAAGCUGACCCUGGUGCUCUUAAGGCUCUUGCAAAAUCUGGUAUUGAAGUUAUGAUCGGCAUACCUAAUGAAUUCUUGGCACCUCUUGCUGGCAGUGUUGGUUUUGCUGAGAAUUGGGUGUCUCGUAACGUCUCAGCCUAUGUCACAAUAGGAGUUAAUAUAAGGCACGUGGCAGUUGGGAAUGAACCAUUUUUGAAAACAUACAAAGAUACUUUCCUCCAAACAACACUCCCAGCUCUUCAAAAUGUACAAGCAGCUCUAAUAAAAGCUGGUUUAGGCAAACAAGUUAAAGUAACAGUCCCAUUAAACGCCGACGUUUACCAAACCGAUAGUGGUCUUCCUUCAGGGGGAGAUUUCAGAGCCGAUAUCCAUACCCUCAUGAUCAACAUCAUCAAAUUCCUAAGCGACAAUGGCGGACCUCUCACCAUCAACAUCUACCCAUUCCUGAGUCUCCAAGCUGACCCUCACUUCCCCAAAGAGUACGCUUUCUUCGGCAGCACUUCCAACCCAAUCGUCGACGGUUCCAUCACUUACAACAACGUAAUGGAAGCUAAUUUCGACACCCUCGUCACAGCUCUAGAGAAAAAUGGGUUCCCCUCCAUGCCAAUCAUAAUCGGCGAAAUGGGCUGGCCCACUGACGGUGACCCAAACGCGAAUUACGAAAACGCUAAACGAUUCAACCAAGGUCUCAUUAAGCGAAUUGUUCAAGGACAGGGGACCCCAAAACGGUCUACUCUGCCUGAUGUCUAUAUCUUUGCUCUAAUCGAUGAAGAUGCCAAGAGUAUCGACCCAGGGAACUUUGAGAGACACUGGGGUAUUUUCAAUUUUGAUGGGACAGUAAAAUACAAUCUCGAUAUGGGUAAUGGAAAGAAUUUGGUUCCGGCCAAAGGGGUCAGGUAUUUGGCUCGGCAAUGGUGUAUAAUGGCGCCACAAGCCAAUCUAAUGGACCCCAAUUUGGCUGAGAGUGUUAAGUAUGCUUGUACUUAUGCGGAUUGUACAAGUUUGGGAUAUGGGUCGUCGUGUGGGAUGCUUGACCCUAAAGGUAACGCCUCUUAUGCUUUCAACGUGUAUUACCAGACCAUGAACCAGAGGAAAGACGCUUGUGCCUUUAAUAACCUUUCAACCAUCACCACCGUCGAUCCCUCGCCGGCGGGUCCCGGCGGUGGUAACAAUACUUGUCGGUUUCAGAUCAUGAUCGACUUGGGAAAGCACGAACUGGGUCGGUCUCCGCCGCGGUCGGCGGCUUCUCCUUCGAUUCUUGGGCUUGGAAACGACGGUUCCCGCUUUGUCGUAAUGAUGAGCCUCGGUGUCGUUUUAUUAGUCUCUGUGUUUAUAAGCUGAGUUUUUUUUUUCCUCUGGCUACUUUUACUUAUUUUUAAUAUUUAUUUAUUUAUUUUGAGCUAUUUUUAUUGGCCAAUUGUGUACAUAAGUUGCAAAUUGUAAAAAAAUACCAGUUCGGUUCAUAUAGGAAACAAAUAACAAGAGUCAAUCUCUUUUACAGAUUUUUUAUUUUAUAUCAAAAGUACCAAUUCAUAAAUGUAAUUAAGUUUAAUUUGCGGUCGAAUUCUCUAAAAUUUUGAGUUUGAUACGAUAAACUUACAUUACUAAAA